AUGUCGACCCCAACGAACCACCCAGCGCGACACCAGCCGCAAGCAUCCAACGCCGCCGGGACACCGUCGCAACAACACCUCGGUACUUUCUCGUCGCCCGCCCCUCGCAGCGUCCCCUCGCCCGCCGCCCAGCGCAGUACCCAGCAAGCCGGCAAGUCGCCCUUCAACACCACAUCCGGAGCAUCCAGCUCGGCCAUGGCGGCGUCGGCGGGCCAGAACCACUCCAAAACGCUGCUCGGCAGCUCACCGGCGGCCGGGGGCGGCGGCAGCGGCAGCGGCAGCGGCACCAUCGGCUUCGACUCACCGGGCGCGCUCAACCUGGGGCUCAACGCGCUGGCGGGGCUGGAGGGCGGGGUGGGCAUGGGCAUCAGCAUGAGCGGCAUGAGCGGGCUGGGGCUGGGCAUGGGGCUGACGUCGUCGAUGGGCGGCCGGCCGGACGACACGGAGCAGCGCAAGCGGCUGGAGGGCAUCAUCGCGACGCUGGGGGCGCGCCCCGGCCGCGUCAGCCGCGAGGGCAUGGAGCGGCUGGCCAAGCAGCUGGGAUUGUCGAGCGAGGUCAUGUCCGACUCGCACGGCGAGCAGCAGCUGUUGCUCGCGCACACCAGCUUCAUGCUGGACAUUGCCUUUCGCGACAACGUCGUCGAUGGCGUGACGCUGCAGUUUGGCGACUUGUCCGAGAGCGUGCAGAAGCAUUCGGCGUCGGCGGCGAAGGUGUUCAAGGCGGACCUGGUGCCGAGUCCGGGCGAGGCGAGCAUCAAUCUCUCGCUUGACCGGUUCGCGAAGAAUCUGGAGAAGCUGGCGAGGCUGGACCAUUUGAGCAUCUUCAAGGAAGCGAAGCCCGAGGUCAGCUGCUUCGAGGCCGUCACGGGUGUGUACAACAGCUUGCAGAAGCUGUUCGAACAUGAGAGGAAGGCUGCCAUGCAUUUGUUCGAUGUCUCAAAGCCACAUGCUCAUCAGAAAGCAGCGAGGGAGGUUCUCUGCAAGAAGAGCGGAAGGCCAAGGAUGAACGCCAAUUCGGCAGUGGGAUUGUCGUUGGAAUACUGGAUGGAGAGGAGGCUGGUCUUUCAGAGACUGGAGAAGAAGGAGACGGGAGGCGAAGAUACAAGCAUGGAUGUUGACGACGAAAGCGAGCAGUAUGAUGAGAGUGCGAAUAAGAUAUUCUCACUGACGAUCGAAUGCGAGUCCUCCCCAGCACAGCUCUAUCCGUCAAUACGAGUCAGCGACGCCUGGAUAUCAGACGUGGUAGAAAAGCCUUCAGAUCCCAAUGAUCUUUUCGGUUCACCAACAAUCGACUGGUUGGAUCCUCCCCCGACGUACGCCGGUGGAUCAGAAGUCGCACAAAAUGACCCUAUGGCACUUGAUGGCAAUAGCAUUGGCAAGCUUCCGAAUGUGCGCUUCGUCGCCAAGCUGAAUCCUCCUCUGGUGGUUCCUCUAAACACGGCGCAAAACAUCCUCGCUUCUGUCAACGUCCAAAUGAAUCAAGAGUCACUGAAGUGGGCAACUUCUCUGGAAGCACUGGUGUUGAAGCCAGAUGACGAGCCAACAGCGGGAAUGCCUACGGACAUUGCGAAAGAGUACCACAAUGUUCGAAACGUCUUUGUGGUAGACAAGAAUGGCAAGGAAGAGGACAGACGGCACGAGGCAACCCUUUACGUGCACAAGACCGAGGUCGCCUGCAUUUUGGAUGAGAUACCUUUCGACCACCCCCGGCAACUCAUCCAAGUACUUCCGGUCCUCCGCCAAUACGCCCACCUCAGCACCCUCAUCCAAUCCGCCCUCCAACCACCCCCACCGCCCAAACAACUCACCCAGACCAGCACCACCAUCCCCACCCCCCCUCCCGAAAACCCCUCCGCCCUCCCAUCCAUCCUCCCCAUGAGCAUCUCCCUCACCGGCAUCGACCAAUCCGGCACCUCGUCCCCCAUCCUCGCCGUCGCCUACCCCCGCCCCUCAUCCGGCAACGGCAACGGCAACGGCCACCACCCCUCAUCCAGCAAGCCCAUCGAAACCCUCGAAGACCUCCUCGACGGCCUCUCCUUCGCGCAGCCGCCGCCCACAGACGCCAACGUCGCCGCCACCUUCCCGGACGAAAUUGACACGGCCAUGAGCGGCACGGACGCGGACCUCUUCGGCGACGGCAGCAGCAACUCGGAUAAGAAAGCGUCGUCGUCGUCAUCGCCGUUCGAUGCGUCGAUGCCGCCGCCGCCGCCGCCACCGACGGUGACGCUUGCGGCGAGCGUGCUGCCGAAUGCGGAUGUGGCGAUUGUGGCGCAGGAUUUGUUGCCGGAGUUGUUGGGGCAGGUUGGUGGUGGCGGCGAUAAGAUGAAGGGAGGGGAGGGCGGAGAGAGGGCGGAGAAGGGGGGAGAGGAGGAGGCGAGGAAGAGGGAGCAGGAGGAUGAGGCGGGGCGGAUGAGGGUGUUGGGGAGGAUGGGGAGGGCGCUGGAGUUGUGUGGGGAUUUGGGGGUUUGGGUGGAGUGGGUGAGGGAUCGGAUGGGUGGGGAUGGUGGUGGUGGUUCUGGGGAGGGGGGGAGGUGA